AUGGAACUUGAUUCCUUGUGCCAACAUUGGGAUUCAACUUUGGAUAUUGACGAAGAAAAUUUUGAAACUGUCGCUGAAUCAGAAAAGCACCCACGCCUUUCAUUAUAUAAAAACAAAGGUCGAGCUAUCGAUCAAGAAAAACGUUGGCGUCAAAAACUCAGCAUACUUAAAUCUAAAAAAGAACGAUCAGAUCAUUUCGAUCAUAAUCGCUUUUCUGUGAAUAAAGAAGAACUCUCAAAACACCCAUGGGCAUCAACUGAAAUAAAGUCGGAAAUAAAAAGUUGGCGUCAUCACUCGAAACUUUUAAUGUUAGCAGAGUGGUUUCUAUUUAUGCCUCCAAAUUUUGAAGAGGAAUAUCGGAUGAAAAUUUGUCCUAAAGGGCGCCAUGUAUUUAUCAAGGCUUCAAAAGGAAAGACUACAGUAUACACUAGGAAUGGACGUCAACUGAUAUCCUCUGUUUCACGACUUCCAGGAGGUGGUUUAGGCCAAAGUGAUAAUCAGAACAGUUCAUAUACAACUUUAUUAGAUUGCAUAUUAUACUGUCCGGAAAAGAAUAUUGAUUUCAGUAAUUUACAAAUGGCAAAUGAAACAAAGCAAGUGACUUUUGUCUUCUACGUGGUUGACAUUAUUUUUAUGAGAUCUACAGGUUAUGUCAAUCUACCUUUUUAUGAACGAUCCCAAUGGUUAGAAAAUUAUCUCAAGCAACAAAUAGAGGAGUAUAAUGAAAGUGAUCCCGUUGCUUUUCACAUUCUGCCGUCAUAUGAAUGCGAUGUAGGAUCAAUGCAAGACGCAUUCUCGUCAAUCCCGUCAUACGAGAUUGAUGGUGUUCUAUUUUACCACAAAGAUGUUAAUUACGAACCUGGAGCAACUCCUCUUGUUAGCUGGUUGAAACCAUAUAUGUUACCGGAAUGGUUCCCCAAUAUCAAUUAUCAUUCGGAUUUCAUGAAAGAUAUCCCUGACGAUUAUACUGACUAUAUUAAUGGAAUACAACAAUAUGAAGCUACAAUGUCUUCGAAAUUAUUACAUUCCGUCAUCCAGUGA